AUGGGGGGCGCCGGGGCCGCGCCCCGCCGGCUGCUGCCUCUGCUGUGGCUGCUGCUCCAGCCGACGGGCCCCCGCGGCAGCCCCGGGCCCCUGCGCUGCUAUGGUGUUGGGCCCUUAGGCGACCUGAACUGCUCCCUGGAGCCUCUGGGGGACCUGGGAGCGCCCUGCACGCUGCACCUGCAGAGCCAGAAGUAUCAUUCCAACAGAACCUGGACUGUGGCAGUGCCUGCUGGGCAGAGCUGGGUGACCAUCCCCCGGGAACAGCUCACUACAUCCGACAAGCUCCUGGUCUGGGUGGCCGUGGCAGGCCAGCCUCUCGGGCCCGCAGUCUCCGUGAACCUGGAGACACAAAUGAAGCCAGAAGCCCCCCAACUGGACCCUGACGUGGACUUGUCAGAGGAUGACCCCCUGGAGGCCACUGUUCAAUGGUCCCCACCUCCAUGGCCACCCCAUAAGGUCCUGGUCUGCCAGUUCCGCUACCGGAGAUGCCAGCAGAUGGCCUGGACCCUGCUGGAACCAGAACUGAAAUCCAUACCCCUGACCCCCAUUGAGAUCCAGGACCUGGAACUGGCCACUCGCUACGAGGUGUCCGGCCGCUGCCGGAUGGAGAAGGAGGAGGACCUGUGGGGCGAGUGGAGCCCCGUGCUGUCCUUCCAGACACUGCCCUCCGCUCCGAAAGAGCUUUGGGUAGCGGGGAAGCCCUGUGGGACACAAGAUGGACAGACACCCCUGCUUCUGUGGAAGGCCCCCGGGCACUGUGUGCAGGCGAGCUACAGAGUCUGGUUCCAGGUGAAAGGUCAGAACCUGACCCUCCAGGAGACUCCCUGCUGUAGCUCCUCCAUCCCAACCCAAGCGGAGUGGGUUGCAGUGUCCGCCAUCAAUGCCACAAGCUGGGAGCCUCACACCAACCUUUCUCUGCUCUGCUUGGGUUCCGACUCUGCCCCUCGUGGCGUGGUGGUCAGCAGCAUUGCGGGGAGCACAGAGCUGCUGGUGACGUGGCAGCCGGGGUCCGGGGCGCCACGGGAGCAUGUGGUGGACUGGGCUCGAGACGGGGAACCCCCGGAGAACCUCAACUGGGUCCGGCUUCCCCCUGGGAACCUCAGUGCUCUGUUGCCAGAGAAUUUCGAAAAAGGGGUCCCCUACCGGGUCACCGUGACAGCGGUCUCUCCUGGGGGCUUGCAGUCUGCCCCCUCGGUCUGGGCGUUCAGAGAGGAACUGGCACCGUUAGUGGGACCCGCGCUUCGGAGACUCCAGGAUGCUCCCCCAGGGACCCCCGCCUUAGCGUGGGCAGAGGUCCCGAGGCACCAACUCCGGGGCCAUCUCACCCACUACACCUUGUGCGCGCGGAGUGGGACCAGGCCUUCCGUCUGCACGAAUGUGAGUGGCAGCACCCAGAAAACCACCCUGCCCCACCUUCCCUCGGGCCCCUGUGAGCUGUGGAUGAUGGCGUCCACCAUCGCAGGACAGGGCCCCCCCGGUCCCAGCCUCCAGCUUCACCUACCAGAUAACACCCUAAAGUUGGAAAUCCUGCUAGGCGUCCUCCUGUGUGGCUUGCUCCUUUUAGGCUGUGGCGUGAGCCUGGCCAUCUCUGGAAGGUGCCUCCACCUGUGGCACAAGAUACUGCCCCGCUGGGUGUGGGAGGACAUCCCCGAUCCCGCCAAUAGCCAUUUCAGCCAGCCCCGCGUAGAGGAUGUACCCCAGGCCCCGCCCCCUGGAGACUUGCCCACCGUGGAAGUGGAAGAGAUGGAGCCGUUACCAGUAAUAGAGCCCCCCCAGACUUCCUCCCGGCUGGAUUCUGGGUAUGAGAAGCACUUCCUGCCCACACCUGAGGAGCUGGGCCUCCAGGACUCACGGCGCCCAGGCCCCAGGCUCUGGCCUGAACUGACCCCGGGCCAGGAGACAGGGUGCUCAUGUGACAGAUGA